AGCUGUUAGAAGACAGCCCCGCCAUCUGGCGACAUGCCCGCCGUGGAUUGGAGACGGCAAUGUGUUCCUGGGCUUCCAUCCAGAACUACGUCACACGUCACAACCCUGAAGAGCCAGGUCGAAGAAACUCGGCCGAUCAGAACCCCUAUACAGGCCAGCAUACACGAACAUCCACCACUUGGCAGCCCAUACAGAUAGUGUACACUACACAUACACAGAGCAUCGGUUGUAGAGUCCAGGGUUAGACCAAACAACACAACACGACCACAUCUGACCUCUCUCCACCAUCACUUGCGCUCAUUAGCAGUUGCACAUUGCGGCCGCUUGGUCGGGUGAGACUGCAAAUCUUGCGCACGUAUACGGAUACCGGGCGCCUUCUCCGGCCAAACGGCGCGCGCCUCGAAGGCAAACGAUCCAUUCCAUAUCGCAUACGCCUGUCUACUACAGCCAUGGCUGGACUCAGUCCCGAACUGCAAGACAAACUGGAAGAGCUCGAGAGGGAGCUGGAAGAGGGCGACAUCACGCAAAAAGGGUACCAAAAACGACGCACCCAACUCUUCUCGCAAUAUGGAAUUGGCGACCUGUUGCAACAAGAGCCACGAGCGGGCGGGCUUCGGAUUCAUUCACCCGACGACGACAACAACUACUAUCCACCACCGCCUCAUGUCAGCGACGAUGGGCAUCGGGCCGCCUCUCUGGCGGCUCUGAAUGCCAACACGUAUCACUCGCCAGCGUCCAUAUCCCCUGAGCAUCGCGUGUCACCAACAGACAACCAGCCUCAGAUUUCCCCUUAUCUGAGCCAGGUUCAGUCUCCGUAUCUGAUGAACCAAGAUGCCCAUCCAGGGUCGUACUUGGGCUCUGAUGAUCCAAUAGCCGACAGCCGUCCGAGUAUGCGCCAGCACGACUCUCUGUUUCUAUCAACCGCUCCCAUGAACGACACCUCCACUCGUUCGGGGACCAUGGUCUCGGGCGAUUACGCUUUCAACCCUGAACAGCAUGGCGUCUACAGAGAUGGGCCACCACAGCAAGCGUACGAUGGCAGAUCUAGGACACUCCUAGAAUCUCAAGCCUACUUUUCCGACUUUGCUGGCCAACAACAAGCAUACGAUCAGCAAGCGCGAGGAGAAUAUGGCGGUCCACAGCGAUACUCAUCUAGCGAUGCUUUUUCUCCAACAGUAGCUGUUGCGCCUCCAAUGCUAACAGCAAGCGAUCUGCCUCCACCAGAUGUGUUGAACCAUUUGUUACCCCUCGAGCCACGUGAUGUUCCGUUUGCCAUCCACGACGCACAUGAUGAGCACACGCCAAUGUCCAAUUUUGAAAACAUUGCCGCUGUGCUAAGGCACCGAGGCCGCACGAUAGCCAAGGCCCCGGCCUACUGGGUGUUGGACAGCAAGGGAAAAGAGACGGUUUCCAUCACGUGGGACAAGCUGGCGUCGAGGGCCGAAAAGGUGGCACAAGUCAUCCGUGACAAGAGCUCGCUAUAUAGGGGCGAUCGUGUCGCGCUUAUAUACCGAGACACGGAAAUCAUUGACUUUGCCAUUGCUCUGCUUGGCUGCUUCAUUGCAGGCGUCGUCGCUGUACCCAUCAAUGACUUGCAAGACUAUCAGAAACUGAACAUGAUUCUUACUCAGACGCAAGCUCAUCUGGCUCUGACUACAGACAACAAUCUAAAGACGUUUCAGCGCGAUAUCACCGCUCAGAAACUUACUUGGCCAAAGGGGGUCGAGUGGUGGAAGACGAAUGAGUUCGGCAGCUAUCACCCAAAGAAGAAGGAAGACGCGCCCCCGUUGACGGUCCCUGAUCUGGCCUACAUCGAGUUCUCCAGGGCCCCGACAGGUGAUGUCAGAGGCGUGGUUCUGAGCCACAGGACCAUCAUGCACCAGCUGGCUUGCCUUAGCGCCAUCAUCUCCACUGUUCCCAGAAACGGACCGGCAGACACCUUCAACAAGAACCUACGGGACAAGAAUGGCCGGUUAAUAGGGGGUGGGGCAAGCAGCGAGAUCAUGCUUUCCUAUCUGGACCCCCGGCAAGGUAUCGGCAUGAUUUUUGGCGUGUUACUGGCCGUAUAUGGCGGACACACCACUGUAUGGCUGGAAAACAAAGCCAUAGAAGUCCCUGGACUGUACGCCCAUCUGAUCACCAAGUACAAGCCAACGGUCAUGGUCGCGGACUACCCGGGGUUGAAAAGGGCCGCCUACAACUAUCAGACGGACCCCAUGGCUACACGAAACUACAAGAAGGGUAUGGAGCCCAACUUUCAAACCGUCAAGUCGUGCUUCAUCGACACGUUGACAGUAGAUAGCGAGUUCAACGAGCUUCUUGCCGAUCGUUGGUUUCGCCCGCUGCGCAAUACUCGACCAAACGAGGUUGUGGCACCCAUGCUUUGUCUCCCAGAACACGGCGGCAUGGUGAUCAGUGUCCGUGACUGGCUAGGCGGUGAAGAAAGGAUGGGCUGCCCUCUGAAGCUUGACAUUGGGUCGAGCGAAGACUCGGAAGAUGAAAAAGAGAAGGAAGAAAAACCAACAGUUCCCACGGGGUUCUCCACUCUACUCGGACAAGGGACAACGACGGCCACACAGCAGCACACCAAGACCGAGCUCAGUGAGGUCCUCCUUGACAGGGAGGCCUUGAAGGUCAAUGAGGUGGUGGUUAUCGCCAUGGGAGACGAAGCCAGAAAGCGAGCUGCCAAUGAGCCAGGUACUAUCCGUGUUGGGGCAUUUGGCUAUCCCAUUCCUGACGCCACCCUCGCUGUGGUGGAUCCAGAAACAUCCCUUUUGGCACCUCCCAACACGGUGGGAGAAAUCUGGGUUGACUCGCCAUCGUUGUCGGGUGGCUUCUGGGCACUCCCGAAGCAUACCGAAACCAUCUUCCAUGCUCGGCCCUUCAAGUUCAACCCCGGCGAAGCCACGCCGACCAUGGUGGAGCCCGAGUUUCUUAGAACCGGCUUGCUGGGAACCGUCAUUGAAGGUAAGGUCUUUGUUCUCGGCUUGUACGAAGAUCGGAUCCGACAAAGGGUUGAAUGGGUCGAGCACGGUGGAAACGAGGCUGUUGAGAAUCGCUACUACUUUGUGCAGCACCUCGUGGUGAGCAUCAUCAAGAACGUGCCCAAAAUCUUUGAUUGUUCUGCUUUUGACGUCUUUGUCAAUGAGGAACACCUGCCGGUCGUGGUCCUCGAGUCGGCAGCGGCAUCCACUGCGCCGGCCACCAAUGGAGGACCGCCUCGGCAGCUGGACACAGCACUGCUUGAUGCACUCGCUGAAAGAUGCAUGGACGUUCUGAUGCAGGAACACAACCUCCGGUUGUACUGUGUGAUGAUCACAGCCCCCAACUCUCUGCCAAGAGUGCUCAAGAACGGACGCCGUGAAAUCGGCAACAUGCUUUGUCGGAGAGAGUUUGACCUGGGAAACCUGCCCUGCGUUCAUGUCAAGUUUGCAGUGGAGCAUGCCGUGCUCAACCUGCCCGUGGGAGUUGACCCGGUUGGUGGCAUCUGGUCCGCCAUGGCGUCUGACACUCGGUCCCGGCUUCUCGCGUCAGCGGAAAAGCAGUACUCGGGCAUCGAUCAUCGAGAGGUGGUGAUGGAUGACAGGACCUCUACUCCGCUCAACAACUUUACAAGUAUCACUGAUUUGAUUCAGUGGCGAGUUGCUAGACAGGGUGAGGAGCUCGCCAUCUGCACCAUUGAUGGGCGAGGCAAAGAAGGCAAGGGCAUUACCUGGAAGAAAUUUGAUGUCAAGGUUGCUGCCGUGGCUGUCUACCUCCGCAACAAGGUCAAGCUCAAGUCUGGCGACCACGUUGUGCUCAUGUACACACACUCGGAAGAGUUUGUCUUUGCUGUGCAUGCCUGCAUCAACCUCGGCGUGAUUGUCAUCCCCAUAGCACCGAUGGACCAGAAUCGCCUCUCGGAAGAUGUGCCUGCGUUUCUGCAUCUGCUGGCAGACUACUCGGUUAGAGCUGUGUUGGUGAAUCAAGAGGUCGACCACCUUCUCAAAACUAAGACAGUUGCUCAGCACAUCAAGCAGUCGGCCCAGAUUCUCAAGAUUAUGGUGCCCAACAUCUUCAACACAACCAAACCGCCCAAGCAGAACAGCGGCCUGAGAGACCUGGGCAUCACGAUGGAUCCGGCGUGGGUUCAGCCUGGUUAUCCGGCGGUUAUAUGGACGUACUGGACGCCUGACCAGCGCCGUAUUGCGGUUCAGCUGGGCCACGAUACCAUCCUGGGCAUGUGUAAAGUGCAGAAGGAAACCUGCCAGAUGACUUCCUCCCGGCCAGUUCUUGGAUGUGUCAGGAGUACCACCGGGCUCGGGUUCCUCCACACGUGUCUCAUGGGCAUUUACAUCGGCACGCCCACGUACCUGCUUUCCCCGGUUGAGUUUGCCCAGAAUCCUGCUUCUUUGUUCUUGAUUUUGUCAAGGUACAAGAUCAAGGAUACUUACGCCACUCCUCAGAUGCUUGACUACGCCAUGAGAACCGUGCCGGGUAAGGGGUUCACGUUGCAUGAGCUCAAAAACAUGAUGAUAUCGGCUGAGGCCAGGCCCCGCGUCGAUGUAUUCCAGAAGGUACGGAUGCAUUUUGCCACGGCCGGCCUUGACCGUACUGCCAUCAACACGGUGUAUUCUCAUGUUCUCAACCCGAUGAUCGCCUCGCGGUCGUACAUGUGCAUUGAGCCCAUCGAGCUCUGGCUGGACCGCAAGGCUCUGCGUCAGGGUCUCAUUCAAGUCACAGACCCCGAGCGGGAUCCCAAGGCUUUGCUUGUUCAAGACUCGGGAAUGGUGCCGGUCUCGACACAGAUUGCCAUUGUCAACCCCGAGACAUGUAUGCUGUGCAGUGAGGGAGAGUUUGGUGAGAUCUGGGUCGAUUCAGAAGCCUGCGCCAAGGCGUUCUAUAGGUCCAAGGAUGCGUUCGACGUGCAGCGGUUUGACGGGCGGACGGUGGAGGACCCGAGUAUCCAGUAUGUUCGCACUGGAGAUCUGGGUUUCUUGCACAGUGUAAGGAGGCCUAUUGGGCCAGGCGGCGCGCUGGUGGACAUGCAGGUUGUCUUUGUCCUCGGCAACAUUGGGGAGACGAUUGAGAUCAAUGGGUUGAGCCAUUUCCCAAUGGACAUUGAGUUCUCGGUUGAACGAUGCCAUCACAGCAUUGUACCGGGUGGAUGUACUGUUUUCCAAGCCGGUGGUCUUGUUGUGGUUGUUGCCGAGGUGGCCCGCAAGGCAUACCUUGCUUCCAUUGUUCCUGUCAUUGUGAAUGCGGUCCUCAACGAACAUCAGAUCGUGACUGAUAUCGUUGCGUUUGUCAACAAGGGAGAUUUCCCCCGAAGUCGUUUGGGAGAGAAGCAGCGUGGAAGGAUCCUGGCUGGGUGGGUCAGCAGGAAGAUGCGGACCAUGGCCCAGUUCGCUAUUAAGGACAUGGACAGAGAGUCACUCGGACCAUCAAGCGACCACCCAGACUCCCCAACGAUAGAUGCUCACCGUGCGAGCGUGGGAAGUUUCCGCUCGUCGAGUGGGGCGAUCCAACCGGGGAGCAGCUCGUUGAGGAACGUGGAACCGGCGCCGCAGAUUCUGGAGCAGCGUGAGUUGGAACUGCAGCAGCAGUAUCAACAGGUGCAGUUGUCGAACCCGUUCCCGGUGGAGAUGCCGGCGGAUGAGAGGGUGCCUGAGAUCAUGGACAGAGACCGUGAUCAGACGCCGACAAAGACCAGGCAGCCGAGACCACCGUUUCAGGAUCAUGGGUUUGAGCUGCCUGACUUUGAUCAGUUUGGGUCUGAGGGGCCUUCGAGAGAUCGGACGCCGGCGCCUGCUGGAUCCGAACACUAUCAGGGAACUGUGAGUAUGCUUUCCCAGACUGGGCCGCCACAGCUGAGGUUGCCUGGUGUUGAUGGGAGGGAGUCGUUGGACGAUUGGAAUUUGAGGCCUGGUAGUGGCGGGUUGCAGGGGAAUGGUAAUGGGCAGCAGGACAAUGAUGGAGAUUGGACUAGGGAUAUGUCGGGAACGUUGCGGUCACCUACUGGGAGGUGA